AUGUUAGUUUUAUGGCUGGGUCAAGAAUCUUCCAGUGUUCAAAUUUUCUUACAGCUUCUGGAAAUUGGGCUAAUGAUGACAGUUGGCAUUGGUUUAAUAGCAAUGUGCAAAUUUCGCAGAGACGACACGAAAGAUUUAAAUAAAGCUUCGACUAUUGUUUCUAUGCCUGAAGUUCGUAGAUUCAAAUUAGAUCCAUCCGAGAAGGAAACGCAACAAGAAGUCGAAGUAGAUCUGGAUGAAAUGUUAGAUGGUGGUGGCGGAAUAGCAGCUGACAAUCCAUCUGCAGAAAAACAUAUGGUUGCAGUUGACGCAAAAGCCGAAAAAAAUCAACCAGAAGAGCAAAUGAAGAAGUUGGAUGAUUUGCAAAAGAAACAGCAGAAGGGGAAAGUCAAAGAUAAUAAAAUAGGUAAUAUUCUUAUCAUAAUUGUGUUGGACAAACCAAGUAAUGCUAUAACUUUUCGAUUUGCACCUAAUAUAAUCAUAAUUUUCAGUGACUGCAGCAGUGAUUUAUUGUCGAGCAGAGAAAGCCGAUAA